GUAUACUGCAGUUCAAAUAAUGGUUCGUUGGAGUUACACUAUUUUGGACACUAUAUAAGUAUGUAUUAUCAUAGAUUGCUACAAUUAUUCAGCCCAUCGAAGAUCGGAUUAAACUAUCGCCCUUGGUCCUUCACAAACUAGUAUGCGCGGAGCAUAUUUACUGUGACACGACGAGGCUCCGUGGAUUAGAUGAUUUCUUGACUUGGUGUCUGUUGUCUACUUGGUUGAGUUGAGACAAAUAAAGAGGGAGAUGGCAGUGCCAGCGGCCGGGGGCGUAGACCUCAGUCGGAAAUUUGUGUCAGAGACUGUGAUCGAGGAGAAGAGGAAGCAAAUCCAGGAGGAAUGGGAAAAAGUUAGGAAGCCAGAGGACCCAGAGGAGGCUCCUGAGGAAGAGUAUGAUGGGCGUUCACUCUUUGAGCGGCUACAGGAGCAGAAGGACAAGAAGCAGGAGGAGUAUGAUGAGCAGUUUAAAUUCAAGAACAUGGUCAAAGGCCUGGAUGAGGAUGAGUCUCACUUCUUGGAUGAGGUCUCCAGGCAACAGAGCCUGGUGGAGAAACAACGCAGAGAUGAGGAGCAGCAUGAGCUAAAAGAGUACAGAAGUGCUCUGAAAAAGCUGGCAUCCAGUGAGAGUCGGAAGGAGCCAGAGAGGAGAGUGGGACCGAGACCAGCUGAGGUCAAGACCAGUCAUCUGUCCCAGGCCCAUCUGUUGGCCGGGGUAGUCAAGCGACGCAGCUCCUCACAGUCCUCAGACAAUAGCAAGAAACAGAAGGUUGAAGAGUCUGCAGCAUGGAAUGGGGGCCAGACAGAGCAGGAGGCGGGCGGAGAUGCGGGUAAGCAGACCUCCACAGUAAAGACGACAGGCAUCCUCCACCUGCCAUCGGCCGCCGUGUGUGUGGGCAUCCUGCCGGGCCUGGGAGCCUAUUCCGGCAGCAGUGACUCUGAGUCCAGUAGCGACAGCGAAGUUUAAAUCCCUGGCAGCCUAACCUGACGACAUCCCCCUGCGGCUGCAAGCUGUGCUAUUGGCCAAGGGAACAGUGACUGACAGCUUGGGAUCAAGGACAGGACUGCCACAUCACAUUCAUACCAAACCUUAGAAAACAUCAAGAAAGCAAGCCUGAGCUUUGUGGGCAGUCUCAGAUGCAAUGUAUGUGGAAAUAUUUUUCCUUUUUAUUUUUGAAUGCGUCAGUGCAAAUAAUUCUGGAUUUGAAUGGACUUCUCUCCAUUGAAAUGUGUGUUUGAUCAUUGGAAGGUCGAGGCUUGGGGAGAAGAAAGUAAAGCGUUUUCUUUGUGUAUUUGGUGUGACGAGUUGAAUAAUGAAUGAAUGAUAAAUGGAAUGAAAUACAGUUUGAAUAAAAUGGAAGUGAUUUCUGUU